AUGGGAUUCUACCGGAUCGGCGUGGAUGUGGGCGGCACCAACACUGAUGCCGCCAUCCUUGAUACGACCCCCGCUCUGAUCGACCAGCCCUUGCGUGGUGUGUGCGCCUCCAGCAAAACCCCCACCACCGCCGAUGUCACCUCGGGCAUCUACACGGCCAUUGUCGAUGUCCUGGCCAAGGCCCAGGUUCCCCGCCAGGACGUCCGCAGUGUGGCCAUUGGCACCACCCAUUUUGUCAACGCCGUCGUCGAGGCCGAUCCCCGUCGAUUGAGCCGAGUGGCCGUGGUUCGCCUGUGUGGGCCAUAUACCCGAGCGAUCCCACCCUUUGCUGACUUUCCUCCCCACCUCCGAGAUAUUGUUGGAGGGCCCGUCCACUACCUGGAUGGAGGUCUGGAAAUUGAUGGACGGGAGAUCGCUCCCAUCUCCCCUAGGCAAAUUGAGGAAACGGUCCGCGAGAUUGUAAAUGCAGGCAUCACGACCGUCGCCGUCGUCGGGGUGUUUUCUCCUCUCGACCAUCAGGGAGCCCAUGAGAAAACUUGCAAGAAGAUGAUGCUGCAGCAUAAUCCAAACCUAUCGGUGGUGUGCUCCGCCGACAUCGGGAGCGUCGGGCUCCUGGAACGAGAAAACGCCACCAUUCUCAAUGCCUCCAUCCUCGCCUUGGCCAACAAGACCAUUCGGGCUUUCUGUCAGGCCAUGCAGGAUCUCCAGCUCGACUGCCCGUUGUACCUGACCCAAAACGACGGCACUCUGACCAGCGCAGCCACCGCAGCCGAGCGGCCCAUCCAGACCUUUGCCAGUGGCCCGACCAACAGUCUCACGGGAGCAGCCUUUCUGGCUGGAUUAGACCGGCGGGAUCGCAGCACCGCCCCGGACACCCAGGUGCUGGUCGUGGAUAUCGGAGGCACCACGAGCGACGUCUGCGCUCUUCUCCCGUCUGGAUUCCCGCGCAAAGCGCCCAAUUUCGUCGAGGUGGGCGGAGUGCGCACGGCGUUCCCCAUCCCCGAAGUGCUCUCGGUAGGGCUGGGCGGAGGGAGUCGCAUCCGGGUGGACUCGACGGAGGACGGGGUCACGGUCGGUCCAGACUCGGUCGGGUACCGUCUAACGAAAGAUGCCUUGGUCUUUGGAGGCGACAUCAUGACCACCACGGACAUUGUGGUCGCGUCCGGUAAGGCCGAUCUCGGAGAUCCGUCAAAAGUGCAGCAUAUCCCUGCUCCUGUUCUAUCUCAAGCACGCGCCGGCAUGAAGAGGAUCCUUGAGCGUGCUAUCGACGACAUGAAGGUGUCCGAUCAGCCCGUGACCCUGCUACUGGUCGGGGGAGGGUCCAUCAUCUGCAUUGACGCGCUUGACGGCGUAGCCGAAUGUAUCCUCCCUCCGCAUCAUGACUCCGCCAACGCGGUUGGAGCGGCCAUUGCCAAGGUCUCGGGCGAGGUCGACAUCAUUGAGAUCCUCGAGGGUCGAGAUGAACGAGCAGUGGUGGAGGCGGCCAAGCAGCAAGCCCUCCAGGCCGCCAUUGCCCGCGGGGCCGAUCCAGACGAUGUCACCAUCGUGGAGGUGGUCAAGAUUCCGCUGCAGUAUGUCACGAACAAGGCCAUCCGGCUUGUCGUCAAGGCUGUUGGCAAGCUUGCCACGCCUGCCGCUGGUACCUCAACCAACAGUCACCCUAUAUCAUGGGUCUCCGCCGAAGUCGAUGAGCCGGCGAGCGAGACCCCGGCUGCGACUAUGGUGGGCAGCACUCCACCCUCCUUGCUCACCAAACACACGGCCUUUCUGGAUCUCGAUGCCUAUGUCCCCGAAGUAAAAGACAAUGUCUGGUAUCUGUCGGCCGUUGAUCUGGAAUUCAUCGCGACCGGGACCGGUGUGCUAGGCACUGGGGGUGGCGGGCCGUCGUACCUGCAGUAUCUCCAGUGUCUGGACUGGCUGCAAGGAACUGAGGCCAAGGGACGCAUGAGGGUGGUAUCCCCGGACAGCGCCCACGACACCGAUGUAUGCGUGUUUGGGUCCUGGUACGGCGCGCCCAGCGUGUCUGGCGAGCGGCUCCCGGCCAAGACGGAGCUCACCACGGCCAUUGACCAUGCCGUUCGUCUGUCAGGACAUUCACACUUUGAAGUGAUUAUCGCCGACGAGAUUGGCGGGGGUAAUGGCAUGUCGACGUUCCCUACCAGCGCGUACUACGAUAUCCCGGUCCUAGAUGGGGAUCUGAUGGGACGGGCCUAUCCCAGCAUGGAGCAUGGAACGCCUUACGUCUAUGGACACCCCAUCACACCGUGUGUUACUGCGGAUGCUAAAGGCAAUGUUAGCGUAGUUUUGCAAGCCGAGUCCAAUCGCCGGGUGGAGGAGCUGCUCCGAAGCCAUUGUGUGAACCUGGGGAUCUCGACCGCCGUCGCAGCGGUACCACUGACCUGCGAUGUUGUCAAGAAAUAUUGUAUCCCCAACACCGUCUCGCAGGCGUGGUACCUGGGUCGGGCUAUCCAUCGCGCCCGCCGAUCCAAAACGGAUGUUGUCAAAGCGAUUUUCGAGACGACUCCCGGGAAACUGCUGUACAGUGGCAAGAUCAUCGACGUGAAGCGAGAUGUCAGCCGCGGGUACACGAUGGGCCAGUGCACCAUCGCUCCACUGUCCAUCGAAGAAAAGGAGGAUACGGCCAGCAAUGGCGCGGCAGAGACGCGUCAUCUGGUGAUUCCAUUUCAGAACGAGUUCCUGUACGCUGCGUAUAUUGACCCCGUCAAUCCCGACGCGUCCAAGCAAGAGGUGAUUUGCACCGUGCCCGACCUCAUCUCGGUUCUGGGUCCGGAUGGCGAGGCGAUUGGGUCGCAGGAGCUGCGGUAUGGCCUGCGCGUGAAUGUUAUUGGCAUCGCAGCGCAUCCGCUGUGGACGGGGGAUGAACGUGGCCUGCGGGUUGGAGGGCCCCAGGGCUUUGGCCUGGACAUGGAAUGGACGAGUCUGGGACCGUACCAGGCGCCGCGGAGUGUGAUUGCCGAGUUUACCCAAUAG